AUGAGCGUUCCCCUACAUACUUCUCCUCCCAAUGAGAGGACAAGCUACAUGAUUGACCAGCUCGAAGGAGAGCGCGUUAGCAUUCCUGGCAGCAAGGGUGUUUUCAGAAUCCUUGCGUCGUCGAAGCAGACCAAUGGUGGCAUGGCUGUGUUUACUAGUGGUGCUGUCUUAGCAGAUGCCCCUGGCUUUCACUGGCAUGAGGAAGCUCAUGAUGUCUUUCUUGUCACUAAGGGAUUCUUGAAGCUGUGGAGUGGUGAUGAGUGUCGAAUCAUGGGCCCCGGUGACUUUGCUUAUAUCCCUCCUCAUGUUAUCCACAACCCUCUCCUACUCGGACCUCACACUGAGACCGUGGGUCUGGUAGCACCAGGUGACUGGGUCGACUUCUUUAGAUAUGUCGGCGAGACAUACAAUGGCAUUCUUGUGCCGGAGACUGAUGAUCGCGACAUCAAGUCGAUGCUCAUGCAGAAAAUGAUGGCGGCCAAGGACCGUUUCGACGUUCACUUCAAGCGUGACUAUCAGCCUCCAGAGGUUGGCGAGUGGCUUGACUCUGAGAACCAACUCGCUGGCCCUGGCGAGGCUUACUUCUUGCGCGCCAAUACUGGACCGCGAUGGCUUCUGGGAGGUGUUAUGUCAAGACCUUUCAUUCUUGCAUCACAAUCCGGUGGCAAGUUCUCAAUGUCGAGUAUUGAGUCAUCGAAUGUCUACAAAAAGUCGCCUUUGAGCAAGUGGCUUACCUUUACUUCUAUCGAUCAUUGCUUCAUCGUUCAAGAAGGUCUGCUCAGAGUGAAGAUCAAGUCUGGGGAUAGUAGUUCUUGGAGUGAAGUCAGAGAGGGUCAGACGGUGGUCAUUGCUGCGGGAGAGACUUUCACUAUGGACUUUGGUAGUAAAUAUGUCCGUGUCUGGACUUUCGCCAAUGGAAGAGGAAUUGAGGAGCUGGUUCAGAAUGCUGGAUCGCCGGCUACAGGCUUCGUGCUACCUGAUGAGGUUGGAGACUGGGAGGAGUCCAGACUGCUGGAUGUGUGUAAAGACCUUGGGGUGGAUGUUGCAGACCUCUAA